UUUAAAUGUAGGUAACACACCUUUUCCUUUGAGGAUUUUCAGGUUUGGCAGCUUACAACAAUACAGUCACCUGUAAAUUGCCACAGGCUGCCUACAUAUAACCUUUCAUAUUUUAACUAGCUUCAGUCUCGUACAAAUGCAUCUUGAAGCCACACACUACUAGAUCCGCACAAACACAUCACCUGAACACCUGAUGGACCGGUUUACCUGGAACAGCUGAGUGAAAGCGAAAAUAAGACAAUGAGAUCGCUUUGGGACGUAUCAAAUCUUUUUGUCUGUUUAAUACUAUCAAAUUUCGAUGCUGUAACGUCUGUCGUCUAUGUUGAGAAUGGGAAGAGUCUGACUUUAAAUCCAAAUAUUCAAGGAACGCCUGAAGACAUUUUGUGGACAUACAAUGGGAACAAGGUGGCUGAACGUGAUUUUACUGAAUUUCAAGAUUAUGGUCAGUUCAGAGGAAGAUCAGAGAUUGAAAUCUCUACUGGACGGCUCACGGUUCGUAACAUGACCAGCCAUGACAGCGGUAUUUAUAGAUCUGUAAUACAGAUCAAUGGAAAGCUGCAAAAUUCUGAAAAUGAAGUUAAAGUUAUUGAUGCUGUGCAGGAGCCUAACGUGACGUGUAAACUGAACAAACUUUCAAGAACUCUGUUGUGUUCAGUGUCCUCUCAGUUUAAAAUAUCCUAUGAAUGGACUGGAUCAGGUUCAGCACCGCAGUCUGGGCAAGAGCUUCAAAUCAGCAAGGAGGAGAAGCCUGAUUCAGUCUAUACAUGUACUGUGAAGAAUGAAGUGAGCCAGAAGAGCAGCAGCUUCACUGUGAAAGACUGUGACACAGAUGAACCACCAUCAGAGCAGAAUAUCAUUCUAACAGUUAUAUUAGCUGUCAUCGCUGCUGUUCUUCUGGUGAUCGUAGCUGCUGUUGUAAUUUGUUUCAUUCGACAAAAAAGAAAGAAGGAAGAUGAAAAGGGCACACAAAAGAAUAUGAUGGAAAUGAGUGGACCAUCAGGGACCCGAGCACCAAAAAAUGAUUCUAAGGAGAAAAGAACAGACAGUGAGGAUGGACAGGUAAACGAAGAGCAAAAAGUGACUGAAAAUAUGAACGAAGGUGAAAUGGAUCCUUUAGUACACUCAGAUGCACGAAUGAAAAGUGAUUCAGAAAAAGAAGGUGACAUGAGUGAAGAGGAUGAGCAGUAAACUAGUGAAGAUCAAACCCUAAAUGAACCAGCACAAGUCAGAUGUGAAGAGCCCAGCAGCAGGAACACAGAAAUAACUUAAACCCCUCAGGACCCAAAUAUCUUUUAAAAUGUAGUUCUUUGUAAUUAAGCAAUAAAACAUUUUUCUGUUUUAA